AUGCCAAAGCCAAUGGCAGAAAACAGGUGCUCAGUGUACCACCCCAAGGGUCUUUCAACUCUGCUUUCUUUGGGUGACUUAAACAAGUUUACCAGAAUCAAGAUAUCUGCUUCCAGCAGUAAGGCACACACUGGGAAGGAUGAAUAUGCCUUCCAUCUGAAUACUUUGCUUCCAUCACAUGUUCACACUCAUUUCUUUAUUGAGGCUCAGAGAGAUAACGUAACUUACUUGCCCAAGGUCACACAGAUAGGAAAUAGACUUGUACCUAAGUUUGCUGAUUUCACCUAUGCUGCACUAGUUCUCUAG